AUGUUGAUCUUUAUUGUCGCCAUUAGUUCUGGGCUGGCCUGGCUUCUCGGAAGCGGCAUGAGGCCCAUGAUACGAAAUGCAUUUGCAGCUUUUCACGAACCCGGGGCUGGAAUGAGCCAAGCAGCCGGCCUCACCUCUGAGGACAAACCCGUUGGACCCUCGGAACCAGUGACAAGUAUCAUGAACGAGCCCAAGUCAAGGGCCGCCAGGGGGAAGUCGACUUCAAGGCCGGUUCGAAUCAUUGUCGCCAUGACAGGAGCAACAGGGGCUGUUCUCGGAAUUCGCAUUCUGGAGAUCCUUCGAGACAUGGGGGUGGAGACCCAUCUGAUAGUCAGUCGCUGGGCGGCCGAGACGCUGAGAUAUGAAGGAAAUUACUCGAUCAAGGACGUCAAGGCUCUCGCGACUUUUUGCUAUGCACACAACGAUGCGGGUGCCCUUCCAUCGAGCGGCUCUUUUCAAACGGACGGCAUGAUCGUUGUACCUUGCAGCAUGCGAACACUCAGCGCGAUCCGGACCGGCUUUGCCGAUGACUUGAUUUGCCGGGCUGCGGACGUUACCAUCAAGGAACACAGGAAAUUGGUCCUGGUGGCGCGAGAAACGCCCUUGAGCCCCAUCCAUUUGGCUAACAUGUUGGCUUUGGCUCAAAUGCAAGAUGUAAUUAUAUUCCCGCCCGUGCCUGCCUUCUACACCAGGCCCAAAUCUCUGUCGGAUAUUGUCGACCAAUCAGUGGGUCGUAUGAUAGACAUGCUUGGCCUCGAAUCUGACCAUUUUCCGAGAUGGAACGGGAUGGAUCCGUCCAAGGCAUGA